GUUGCUCCUGCUGUUGCUGCGUCAGAUGCUUGUUGUGAUGUCGACAUUGCUCUACAACGAGGAAGGCUGCGAUUAAACAUACCCCUUUCUGCCUCAGUAUCUACAUCUAUGACACCUGCCGAUUCUUUAAAACCAAGUGCGCCCAACUCUUCUCACUUGGUAGGCCCAGCAGUUCCAUCACCACUUCUCUCAUCCAAAAGGCACCAUCAUUAACACCACGCACACACCCAGGAUUGCUCUUUUCUGGUGUCGGUUCUUCUUUAAUCACACACUCACCCAUCCACACACACCCCCCUUCGAGUAAUAAUAGGAACCUUUAGGCACGACACUGAUAUUCAAGCAGUUCGAUACCUAAUUACCAUCACACUCGCUCUCGUCGCCUGUUUUUCGAAAACCAUUCAAUCCGUCACAAUGAAGAGCUUCACCUCCGUCCUCGUCGCUGGCUUCGCCGCUCUUGCCCAGGCUGUUCAGCUUACCAACAGCAACUACGAUGUCCAGGCUGGCGAGCCUUUCACCUUCACCUGGUCUGAUGCUCAGGGUCCUGUCACCCUCACUCUGAAGAACGGCCCCAGUAACAACCUGAACACCGUCCAGGUCAUCACCUCUGGCCAGUCUGGUACCUCGUUCACCUGGACCCCUCCUUCCACCCUCGCCUCCGACCAGUACGCCAUUGAGAUCACCGACGGCACUGGCACUCCCAACUACUCUGAGCAGUUCACACUGACCACCGACGUGACUGCCUCGGCCUCCGUCUCCUCUGCCCUCUCUACUGUCUCGCCUACCGCUACCAGCACCGACUCUGUUUCUACCAUCACCUCCUCUAUCUCCCUCACCUCUGCCUCCUCCUCCGCCGAGAGCAGCGCCGUUUCCUCAGCUGCUAACUCCACCUCGGCCUCCACUGUCGCUACCUCGACCCGUGCCAGCACCCGCACCAGCGCUACCGGCGAAGCCACUACUACUCCCACCACCGUCCCCACCAGCGACUCUGUUCGCAUUGGCUCCCCCAUUGCCCUUAUUGGCCUCACUGUCGCGGCCAUGCUUUGCUUCCAGUAAGCGUGUGCUUGGUGAUGAAGGGCAUCCAGACUGUCUGGGGCCCUAUGACUAGUAUAUGAUGCGAUCAAGGGUUUUUAAUACAGUAAUGCGGUCCAAGAACUAUUAGGAUUAGGCGUUGCACUGGGAAUGAAGCAGAGGUCAAGAGGUAGCAUCAAAGCUAUCGAAAGAGAGCCGAGAGUAAACGGCGUGCUACUUGGGUCUAUCCGAGUUGUCUGGAUCUAUCUGUACACACGAUCAGCAGGCAAAACCAAUGCAUUGUUUGGUUGCAUUUUAUCAAUAAUCUUGAAACUU